CAACGACGCAAUGAACAAUACUAACCAAAUUCAACGGUGAUGAUCUACCCUCAUCACCUCAUGCAGCUACUUCAGGUAGUUACGCCCUGAAAAUCAGGGCUUAGGGUUUUCAUCCUCCAUGACUUAUAAAAGCUAGUAAAUACCGGCAAGAUCCGCAACCACAUUCAAGCUCUAUCAGUUUUUCCCUCUUCGCAAUUCCUCCAAUCCUCAUUCAAAGCUCCAAUCUUGACCAUUCAAGCCAUGGGAAGCGAGGGUACUGCUCAAAGGCCCUUCUGCCACUGCUGCUCGAAGCCUGCCCGCAUCUGCCUUUGCGACCGCCUCAAGUCGCCGCCGCUCGACAACUCUAUCGCCGUCACCAUCCUUCAGCACAGUCGGGAGAAGACUCACCCGCUGAAUUCUUCCAGAGUUGCAAGACUCGGUCUCAAGAACCUCUGCGUGGUCCCCGUGACCGAUGUUAUUUUCCAAGCUCAGUUCCUCGUUCGCCCUCUGGAACCGAAUCAAGAUUGUGCUUCUUCGUCUAUCGCUGGAAAUCACUAUGAAAUGCCGGUUUGGGAUGAAAGAUUGGAUUCUUCGUUGAGACGUUCUGUCACUUGUAAGUACUUAACCGAAAGGUUAAGUUUCCACCCAGGAAUGUCAGAAUCGGAGGAAGAAUUGAAUCUUUCGCAAGAUAUUUCCGACGUUUCUAACGAUUAUGAUCAGAUCGGUGAAACACCAAUAGAUGAUGAGGUUACAAGUAGCUUCUCUAAGUAUACUGUCACCUACUCUUCUAAAUAUAUCAUGGUGGCAAUAGACAAAACUGCAAAGCCUGAUAUUGGUUGGAUUCUGAACUAUCCAGUCGGAAAAGCUGCUAUUUCAAAUGGUUUCAUGGUUAGGAAGUUGCAGAGAAAGAAAUCUCUGCUAAACAGCGAAGAAUUGAAAGACUCUGAAGAGUUUAAUCUUGUUAUUCCUUCGGGCUCAGCGCUCCUCUUCCCAAGCUCAAAUGCUAUUGAGCUCGCAGAGGUGGAUCAUGAAGUCAAGCAUUUGAUUGUGCUGGAUGGGACUUGGGCGAAGGCAAGGCGCAUGUACUAUGAGAAUCCAUGGUUGAAGCUUUUGCCACAUUUGAAGCUGGAUCAGAGGAAGGAGAGCCUGUACAGUGAUGUGAGGCAUCAGCCAAAGGCUGGGUAUUUAUCUACAGUAGAGAGCAUUGUUUGCGCAUUGAAGGCGUUGGGAAAUGACAUGGAGGGUUUGGAUGAAAUUUUAGAAGUGUUUGGAUCUAUGAUAAAGGAUCAGAGGCGCUGCAAAGAUGAAAAAUUCAAAGCAAUGUCUAAGUCAUAAGUAAUGCAUAGCGCAGAUUGAUAUAGAAGAACUUGGCCGCUUCGAAGAUAGAAGAAUUUGUGAGUUUUUUUUUUUUUUUGCAUUUUUUUUUGUCAAAUCCAAAAGCAGCCUGGAAAUGGCUAUUCUUUACUAUUCAAUUGAUAGAUUGAAUGAUUCUUGCAGAAAACUUGUCUGCUAUGACUAUGGAAAGAAAAUAGUUUUCAAUAUAUGUUUAA